GCCUCCCCAGCUCCGGAACUUCCGGCCGGCGCAGCCAUCUUGACUUCCUGACCUUGGCUCCGGUUUGCUGUUGUCUUUGGUCACUCGUGUAGUCAUGUCUGUCCUGACGCCACUACUUUUGAGGGGCCUGACAGGCUCGGCCCGGCGGCUCGCGAUGCCGCGCGCCCAGGUCCAUUCCAAACCGCCGCGGGAGCAGCUCGGGACCAUGGAUGUCGCCAUUGGGCUCACCUCCUGCUUCCUGUGUGUCUUCCUGCCUGCGGGCUGGGUCCUGUCACAUCUGGAGAGCUACAAGAAGCGGGAAUGAAGGGGGCUAUCUUCCCCCUCACCUUGUGACCAGAUCACCCUCGCCGGCCAUCCUGAUUAUGUCUCCUGCAUUCCUGGCUGGACACCCCUGGAUCAUGUCAUUUAAUUUCAGUCACCUCUUCUGCAAUCAUGACCUCGAUUUUUCCAUGGUGACAUCUGGGACCACUUUGCCCCUGCUCGGUGGGUUCCUGCUUUUAACAAUAAAGUCCAUUUAAACCUUGCUCCAAAAAUUCAUCGUGCCUCUUGCC